AUGCGUGUGGCCCAAGGACCCUUCUCUGCGCUCCCCGGAGGCCCUGCUCCCCGAGGGAACCGCACCGACCCUUUCGCGGUGAACAGCAUUCACCCAGAAUGCCAAAUUCAUCUGCAAAUACAGGAGGAAGAAACAAAAUGUGCAGAGCUUCUACGGGCUCAGACAGAGACAUACAAAGCCUGCAGUGGUGUCUGGGACAACCUCACAUGCUGGCGCCCAGCGGACGUUGGCGAAACCGUCACGGUGCCCUGCCCCACCGUGUUCAAGGUGUUCAGCAGCCUCUACAGCAAACCAGGAAACAUCAGCAAGAAUUGCACAAGUGAGGGGUGGUCGGAGACGUUUCCAGAUUUCAUGGACGCCUGCGGCUACAGUGACCCUGAGGCCGGGAGCAAGAUCACGUUUUAUAUUGUGGUGAAGGCCAUUUACACCCUGGGCUACAGCGUCUCUCUGAUUUCUCUUACAACCGGAAGCAUAAUUCUCUGCCUCUUCAGGCGGCUGCACUGCACCCGGAACCACAUCCACCUGAACCUGUUCCUGUCCUUCAUCCUGAGAGCCAUCUCGGUGCUGGUGAAGGACGAUGUUCUGUACUCCAGCUCGAGCACACUGCACUGCCCGGACCAGCCGUCCUGGGUGGGCUGCAAGCUGAGCCUGGUCUUCUUCCAGUACUGCAUCAUGGCCAACUUCUACUGGCUGCUGGUGGAGGGGCUGUACCUACACACCCUCCUGGUGGCCAUCUUCUCCCCCAGCCGCCGCUUCCAGGCCUACCUCCUGAUCGGAUGGGGCAUCCCCACCGUGUGCACAGGCGCGUGGACCGUGGCCAGGCUCUCCUUGGAAGACACGGGUUGCUGGGACACCAACGAGCACAGUGGUCCCUGGUGGGUCAUCCGAACCCCGAUUUUAGUCUCUAUUAUAGUCAACUUUACCCUUUUCGUGAGUAUCUUACGCAUCUUACUGCAGAAGUUGACGUCCCCCGAUGUCGGAGGCAGUGAGCAGUCCCAGUACAAGAGGCUGACCAAGUCCACCCUGCUGCUCAUCCCGCUGUUUGGCAUCCACUACAUGGUGUUCGCUGUAUUUCCCAUGGGCAUCUACUCCAACUACCAGCUCCUGUUCGAGCUGUGCGUGGGGUCCUUCCAGGGCCUGGUGGUGGCCAUCCUCUACUGCUUCCUCAACAGCGAGGUGCAGAACGAGCUGAGGAGGAAGUGGCGGAGCCUGUGCCCGAGCCAGCCCUCCGGCCGGGGAGACAGGAUCCACAGUCUGUCCAUCUCCAGGAACGGCUCGGAGAGCACCCUGCACUUCCACCGCGGCUCCCGCGCCCCGUCCUUCCUGCAGACAGAGACCUCGGUCAUCUAGGGUGCCUGCCCAGCCCCCCCCGAGGGCCAGAGACAACACGGACCCUGGGGUGCCCGGGUAGAUCAGUUCCAGCUCAGCACACCUGGUCUUCGCUCGUCC